AUGGCCACUUCAUUUCUACAUUUUAGCCUACUGUAUAUUAUUGUAUGCCCUCUUAUAUAUGCAUAUGAUAUCCAUUAUUGUUUGAAAACCUGUCACUCCAGCACCUUGGACCUGAGUGACAUGGUGUUCGUUAACUCCUAUUACUUCAAUAGGAUCAAAUAUUUAGUGUUUAACAGCUCAGUUGGAAGGUUUGUUGGAUAUACUGAAGUAGGGGAGAGGUUGGCAGAGGCUUCCAACGAGAAUGAAGCAUUUUUGAAUAUGCAAAAUGCUAUCAACGGAUACUGCAAUACAGCAGCUGAUUUAUAUAAAACUUAUCGGAUGCGUAUCACAUCUGAGCCCAGAGUGAAGCUGAGUUUGGGGAAGCCUUUCAAUGAUAAUCACCCUGGCAUGCUGGUAUGCAGCGCUUACGACUUCUACCCAAAAAUGAUCCGCAUAAGCUGGUACAGAGAUGGGCAGAAGGUGACCAGCGAUGUCUGGGCCACAGAGGAGCUAGCGGAUGGAGACUGGUUCUACCAGAGCCACUCGCAUCUGGAGUUCACCCCCAAACCUGGAGAGAAGAUCACCUGUGAGGUGGAACACAUCAGCUUCAAGGAGCCCAGAGAGUUUGUCUGGGACUCCUCCAUGCCCGAGUCUGAGAGGAAUAAGGUGGCCAUUGGGGCUGCUGGACUGGUGCUGGGCCUGAUGGUCUGUGCUGCUGGACUGCUCUACUACAGAAAGAAGUCUCAAGGUUAG